CCUUGUAGGUUUUUGGUUUUAGUUGGCAUUUUAAAUGUAUGUAUGAAAGAAGAUCAUACCUGAAACUGGGUUACGAUAUGCUUUCAAACACGUUUUUUCAAGUAGUAAUGCUCAUAGCAAUUACGAUUAGCCAAGCUAGCUCUGAAACCCUAAGGAGAGAAAAAGGAGAAGAUGCAGUCUUCAUGUUUAACACCAAUACAAGUAUACUAGACGUGUCAUGGGGAAUACGAGAUGGUAACACUAGUCGUUUUAAACUAGUGCUGAUAGCAAAAGACACUUCUUCUGAAAAGUUAACGCCUAAUGCUGAUUACGCAGAAAGAGUUAGUUUUGUUGGUAAUUUGACAAAGGGUCAGGCUUGGUUCAAGAUCACAAACCUGAACAUCCAUGACACCAAUCAGUACAUGGCAGAGAUCGUUGCAAAAGGAACACCCUCGGGACAGUACGACUACAUAUUUAUAACACUGAUUGUCACAAAACGAGGUAGUUUAUUAGUAUAGGCCUGCAGAAGCUUAUAUUCACCAACAUAAUUUGUCACCAAACAUGCCAAAUUACUUAUUCCUAACAUUUUCAUCACUCGUUUCUUUAUUUAUUUAAUUCCAGGGUUCCCAGGGGUCAGGGAAAAGUCAGGGAAUUUUGUUUAAAGUUAACCAUGAGUAUCUGUCUGAUACUUUUACUGUUUGCAAUUUUUGAAUAAACUGAC